ACACAUGUGAUUAACGACCGGAAGGUGUGGGAUGGGUUUCGCACAAGCAAGCACCCAAGUAGGACCGUACUUUGCUCUCCAUGCGACAUGCUGCUUGACUAUACGACAGACAUUUAUUCAGCCAUUCAGGAGCAUUUCUGACAUCUCCGAUGUAGAUGGGACGGCAGACAUUCAGCUUCCAGCAUCAUGGACUGCCACAUUCGGCAACGGAAACACUCAAGCGAUAAACGUAUAUGUUGGAUAAGGAUGCCUACAUAACCAGGCUACCAUGGAAAACAUGAUUUAAAAGCGGAUUUUCUUUAUUGAAGUAGUUUUUUCAGGUUUUUUUUUUUAGGAGCAGAACCAUGUAUUCUCCUCUCUUGUUCUUCAUUGUCCUCAAUGGCAUCUUCCUGGCAUAUGCCUACAGUGGAUGGAGCAAGUUGAAUAGCAUCCCACGAAGAACUAUUCAGUAUGAAGACAACCAUGUGAUCACAUUUAAAGAGAAAGGUGUUUGGAAUUACUCCACAAUGCUGAUACGGGAAGAUCUGGGUUUACUGGUGUUGGGGGCAAGAGAGGCCGUCUACGCCCUUGACAUCAAUGAUGUCUCCAUUGCCAAAGCUAAGGUGCUUUGGAAAGUUACAGAGGAGAAACAAAAGGAGUGCACCUCUAAAGGAAAACAUCCUGAUAUCGACUGUCGUAACUACGUACGGAUGCUGCAUCAAAUGAACGAUGGUGUGAUGUACGUGUGCGGGACAAAUGCCUUUAGCCCCACCUGUGAUUUCAUAACGUAUGGUGAUGGGGAGUUGAAACUGGAGGGAAGGCAGGAAGACGGGAGGGGGAAAUGUCCUUUCGAUCCAUUUCAGAGAACCUCUUCCAUCAUGGUUGAUCAAGACUUGUAUUCUGCCACUUCCUUAAACUUUCUGGGUUCGGAGCCGGUCAUUCUCCGCACCUCUUCCACUACACUGCGGACAGUGUUUAAGAGCUCUUGGCUCAAUGAGCCAAACUUCGUCUACAUGGACGUGGUCCCAGAAAGCGAGGACAGUGUUGAGGGUGACGAUGACAAGGUCUACAUGUUUUUCAGUGAGAACGCUGUUGAGUAUGAUUUCUACAACAAGCUUGUGGUGUCGCGUGUUGCCAGAGUCUGCAAGGGUGAUAUGGGUGGUCAAAGAACCCUUCAGAGGAAAUGGACCUCUUUCUUGAAGGCUCGUCUGGACUGCUCUGUCCCUGAGCCCAGCCUGCCCUACGUCAUACAGGACGUCUUUCAUGUCCGCCACAAGAAAUGGAGGAAGAGUGUCUUUUACGCUGUCUUCACCUCUCAGUCGAGCUCAACGGAUCAGUCUUCGGCGGUAUGUGCGUAUAAUGUGACUGAUAUCAGCGAGGUGUUCUCACGUGGCAAAUUUAAGACAGAGGUGACGGUGGAAAUGUCUGAUGUAAAGUGGGUCAUGUACAAUGGAGAACUUCCUGUCCCUCGACCAGGAGCUUGUAUCAACAACGCAGCGAGGAGUUCAGGAAUAAUGCGGUCGCUGGACCUCCCUGAUAAAACCCUACAGUUCAUCCGAGACCGUCCCCUAAUGGACGACGCCGUCCGUCCAAUCACAGGCAAGCCCCUGCUGCUCAAGAGGGGCCCGCUGUUGACCCGUCUCGUCGUAGACGAUGUAACUGCAUCGGAUGGACAAUCCUAUCCUGUGAUGUUUAUCGGCACAGAAAACGGUUAUGUGCAGAAAGCAGUGAACUAUGAUGGAGAAAUGCACAUUAUUGAAGAAGUAAAACUGUUUGAGAACGCCGAGCCAAUUGACGUCCUAAGGCUUCACCAGAAUCAGUUGUAUGCUGGCUCCGCGUCAGGGGUUGUUCAGAUGCCGGUUAGCAACUGCAGUCGUUAUUCGUCCUGUCUGGACUGUCUGCUGGCCAGAGACCCUUAUUGUGGCUGGGACGUCCCAGCUCAGCGGUGCUCUAGAGUUGCCACAUCACCUGAAGAUGUAAAAAGCAAUCUAAUACAAAGUCUAAAGGACGGGGAUGCCACUCGAUGCCCAACAACAGCUCCUUUAGAACCAAAGAUACGCACCCUCAUUCUGGGAAACAACAUAAGGUUGCUGUGUCAUCCAGACUCGAACUUGGCUCAGGUCAACUGGAACUUUGCUGGAAAGCCGCUCCUCUACUCAAGCAGGAAGUAUACAAUUUAUAAUGACGGCAUCCUUAUUUACAAUGCCUCAAUUGCUGAUGCCGGACUCUACACCUGUGCGUCAGUUGAGCGGGCGAAGGGGAAAGACUACACCCAGACGCUGGCUGUUUAUGACUUGCGUGAACAAUCAGCAGUAGUCGUGACAGAUAAGAUUAAGACCACAUUGAGAUUCCUUCCAGAAAGCUAUACGCCAUCAUCAGAUUUGCAUAAACCUGAAGAUCCUUCAUUGUAUUUAAAAAAUCAGAGCAGUGAUAGUAAAUGGAUAGUAAUGCAAGUGGUGUUGGCUGUUCUGUCUGUUAUGAUGGCAUGUCUGCUGAUCUGGAACCUGUAUAUGGGACACAUCUCUCCAUUUAUGUGCUGUGGGAGACAACCAGUCAAAAGCCCCAGGAGGGAAAGCCUUCCAAAGAGGGAAUACAUGCACACAGAAAAUGAUGCUGUGGACAGUAAACAGCAAACGGUCAUGUUGUGUCUCACAACGAACAGUGAUCUAGAAGCACCUAGCUUCCACAGGAAUACCACUAAUGGGGAUAUGCCAAUGGACGUUCAGAUUUUUAAAUACAUUACGGACGAGUCUGAGAUUUAAGAUUUUUUUUUGUGUGCGUGAUCAUUUUGUAUAAUUUUUAUACUUAUUUAUUUUUCAGUAAUAAUAAAAAAUUAAAAAAUGUUUUUUCUUUUAUGCAAAAUUAGUUUAACAUGCAAUGUA